CGCGCCGAAGCGUCGCCCCCGCUCGCUAAUCCUUCCGUUAGUUUACUUUUAUGUGCUGCUCUCGUUCUCACCACUCUGGGUCUGGGGCUCGGCGCGGCGGCCAGACAGCUUGCGCCUUUUAACCACUCCACUCGGUUGCUGUCUCGGGCGUGGGGAUUUUUGUUUUUAUUUUUUAGUUUUAGUCGACGGCGACGGUGGUGGGAGACGGGACGGGAGGCACAGCCGCGGAUAAAUAAAGCGGGGGAGGCGAGCUCCCCUGCUAGACCGACGACGUGGUGAGCUGUUCUUCCUUCCUUCCGCGCGCGCGCACACCCUCUCUCUCUCUCUCUCUCUCUCUCUCUCUCUCUCUCUGCUGUGCCCGCGGCUAUUAAGCCCGUUCUGGAUGAGUCGGUGAGGGAGGACGACGAGGAGAGCCGGGGUCAUCGGAUCGCUGCCGAGGGUUCUCCGUUUGUGCGACAGAGAGGUGGUGGUGGUGACGGUGUCAGUGCGUGCGUGCGUGCGUGCCAAUGGCGCCGUCGUGGUGGGGGCGGGACGCGAGGGCCAACGGCGUCGUUGGCGGCGGCACGCCCGUGGUGGUCAGGAUGGAGAACCCCAACUGGUGCAUCUCCGAGGUCGCCGCCGCGGCGUCGGAGGUGGACGCGCCGCCGCCGGCGGCGGCCGGGGGCGGCAAGGCCGGGCGGCGGGGCAAGAACGCGCGCCAGAUCACGUGGGUGCUGCUCCUCAGGGCGCACCGCGCCGCGGGCCGCCUCACGGGGGCGGCCUCCGCCGCGCUCUCCGUGGCCGCCGCCGCGCGCCGCAGGGUGGCGGCGGGCCGGACCGACUCCGACGCCGACGCCGACGCCGCCCCGGGCGAGAGCGCGGCGCUCCGGGCGCGCUCCUACGGCUGCAUCCGCCUCUUCCUCGCCCUCUCGCUGCUGCUGCUCGCCGUCGAGGUCGCGGCCUACCUCCGGGGCUGGCACCUCGAGGUGGACGUGGGCGCCGGGAUCCUCGCCGUCGACGGCCUCUUCGCCGCCGCCUACGCGGCCUGGAUGCGCGCCCGCCUCGACUACCUCGCGCCGCCGCUGCAGUUCCUAACCAACGCCUGCGUCCUCCUCUUCCUGGUCCAGAGCGUCGACCGCCUCGUGCUCUGCCUCGGCUGCUUCUGGAUCAAGCUCAAGGGCGUCAGGCCCGUGCCGCCGCUGCCCGCCGACAAGGAGGACGUCGAGGCCGGUCCCGACGGCGUCCCCAUGGUGCUCGUGCAGAUGCCCAUGUGCAAUGAGAGAGAGGUGUACCAGCAAUCCAUCGGUGCGGUUUGCAGCCUGGACUGGCCAAGGUCAAAUUUCCUGGUCCAGGUGUUGGAUGACUCUGAUGAUGCUACCACUUCGGCACUUAUCAAGGAGGAGGUGGAGAAAUGGCAGCGAGAGGGUGUGCGCAUAGUAUACCGGCACCGGGUGAUCCGGGAUGGCUACAAGGCUGGAAACCUGAAAUCAGCCAUGAACUGCAGUUACGUGAAAGACUAUGAGUUCGUUGUCAUCUUCGAUGCUGAUUUCCAACCACAGGCGGACUUCCUGAAGCGCACCGUGCCCCAUUUCAAGGGAAAGGAUGACGUCGGGUUGGUUCAGGCGAGAUGGUCGUUCGUAAACAAGGAUGAGAACUUGCUGACCAGGCUUCAGAACAUAAAUCUUUGCUUCCACUUCGAGGUGGAGCAGCAGGUGAACGGGGCGUUUCUCAACUUCUUCGGGUUCAAUGGCACCGCGGGAGUCUGGAGAAUCAAGGCGCUUGAGGAGUCUGGAGGAUGGAUGGAGAGGACGACGGUGGAGGACAUGGACAUAGCUGUUCGAGCGCACCUCAAAGGGUGGAAGUUUCUCUUUCUAAACGAUGUCGAGUGUCAGUGUGAAUUGCCAGAAUCGUAUGAAGCGUACAGAAAGCAGCAGCACCGGUGGCACUCAGGUCCCAUGCAAUUGUUUAGGCUCUGCUUUGUGGAUAUAAUCAAAUCUAAGAUCGGUUUCUGGAAGAAGUUCAACCUCAUAUUCCUCUUCUUCCUGCUCCGGAAGCUGAUACUACCCUUCUACUCCUUCACCCUCUUCUGCGUGAUCCUCCCCAUGACGAUGUUCGUCCCCGAAGCCGAGCUCCCCGCGUGGGUGGUGUGCUACAUCCCGGCGACGAUGUCCAUCCUCAACAUCCUCCCGUCCCCGAAAUCGUUCCCGUUCAUCGUCCCGUACCUGCUGUUCGAGAACACCAUGUCGGUGACCAAGUUCAACGCCAUGGUCUCCGGCCUGUUCCAGCUGGGGAGCGCCUACGAGUGGGUCGUCACCAAGAAGUCGGGGCGCUCCUCCGAGGGCGACCUCGUGGCCCUCGUGGAGAAGCACUCCAAGCAGCAGAGGGUAGGCUCGGCGCCCAACCUCGACGCGCUGACCAAGGAGUCGAAGGGCACCGAGGAGGAGAAGAAUAAGAAGAAGAGGAAGAAGAAGCACAACAGGAUCUACAGGAAGGAGCUCGCGCUGUCCUUCCUCCUGCUGACCGCGGCCGCCCGCAGCUUGCUGUCCGCCCAGGGCGUCCACUUCUACUUCCUCCUGUUCCAGGGGGUUUCGUUCUUGGUCGUCGGGCUCGACCUGAUCGGCGAGCAGGUGGAUUGAUAGCAGUUGAAUAAUGGGUUAUAUAUAUAUAUAUAUAUAUAUAUUUUCGCUUGAAGAAAUCCUCGCAGGCAUCAUCAAAUUCAAAGGGCUCUUUGUGAAGGGAAGAGCGUCGCCUUCUUGGAUGCGGAAACCUUGGGUCCCUGUUCCUGUUCCAGGAGGGGUCGGAAACGUGGGGAGCUGUGUAGAUAGGUAUAGCUUGGGGUUUAGCCUGCGAGAUGCUUUUGUUCUUCCAGGUUUCGAUUCUUUUGUAAGAAUAUUUGUGCCCCUACAUGCAAGGGCUCUUUUGUUUUUUUCUUUUUUUGACAGACUUUACCUUCAAAUGAAGAUAAUACUUGUGUUCCAUUCCAUCUCGCUACUA